AGCAAAAAAUUAUAAACCCUUCUUCCAAAAUCUCCAUGUCCAAAAUCGUCAUUUUACUUUUUCUUCCGAUAACAUCCAAAUUUCACCUCUUCAAAAAAUAACCCUUAAGCUUCCUCCCCUCCACCUUCUUCUCUAUUAUCUCUGCAACCAAAAAAAUAUGGAGCAAAACGGCAGCAGCUCCAAUUAUUCAAAAGCUCAAACUUAUCUCACUGCCUCUAAAUCCUUUCUUCAACAUCGAAAUUUCCAAGACUCCAUUAAAUACGCUCUUAAAUCCAUUCAAAAUGACCCAAAUAACCCUUCCCCUUCACAAAUCCUCGCCAUAGCUAAAGUCCUUUCUUUUUCCUCCAUUGCCGAAGACACAAAUUACUAUAAAGUCCUUGACCUUCCUCUUUAUACCCAAGAUCAACAACUCAUCAAAACAAACUUUACGAAUAUAACUAAUCUCUUAAACCCUAGUAGAAAUCAGUAUCCUUUUGCGUCCGAGGCUUUUCAGGUUGUACUUAAAGCUUGGUCUGUGCUUUCUAAGCCGACCCAUAAGACCCGUUUCGAUGACGGGUUGAAAAAAGGCGGGAAAACUGGUACUAAUUUUUGGACUGUAUGCCCGUACUGUUACUAUGUGUAUGAGUUUCCUAAGGUUUACGUGGAUUGUUUGCUGAGGUGUCAGAAUGACAAGUGUAAACGUGGGUUUCACGCGCUGCCUAUUGUGGGUCCACCUCCGCCGGAUGACGUGGCGGAGAAGGGCGAGUAUUAUUGUUAUGGGUUCUCUGUUUUGGGUUUAGAAGGAGGAGGAGGAAAGUCUUUGUGGUCACCUUUUGUGAAAAAGAAUGAUGACGUCGCAGUAGAGGAGGAUGAAUUUGAUGUGGAUGAGUUUAUUGAAAUUUCUGAUGGUGAUGAUGAUGACGUGGUAGCAGAGGGGGGUGAAAAUGGUAUAAAGGAUGAAACUUUAGGGGUUGAAAAGACAUUUGUGAAAAGUAAUGGUACUAGGAAGAAGAGGAUAAAAAUGAUGGCAAAGAGUUUAAAGAAGGUAUUAGGAAAAGGGAAUAGAGUUAAUAUGAAUGAGGUUGUUUAUUGUGAAGGAAAUAAUGAAAAUGAUGAUUUUGAGUUUGUUAAUGUGGAAGGAAAGAUUAAGACUAAUGAGAGUAAUGUUGAGUUUUUUGUGGGAGAUGAUGAUAAUAUCUAUGUUGGUUUAGAAGAAGAUUUUGAUGUGGGAAUUGGAGAUAUUGAGACUUUUUUUAAGUGAUUAAGGAAGUUGUUUUCCUCUGUUAAUAUGUUUCUAAUAUUUUUGUUGUUGGGGGGUUGGGGGAUACAAUUUAAUGUUACCAAAAUUGGCACCUUUUUGAAUAGGUGGAUACUGAUGCUAAAUGUCUAAUGCAAAUGUGAUUGAAAUGGUAGAGAAUUGACAUGAAUCUUUAUUUUCAUUA